AUGGAUGCUGACUUGGUGGAUGUGAAACAAAUGUUUUCAGACAUGAUGAGGAGUGUCCAGCCAUGGACUCUUUCUCAUUUCAUCAUGUGGUUAGACCUUAAAAUAGCAGAAUACAAAGUGUUAGGAUACAUGGUUCUGGAUAAGAAGUCUGCAUAUGAUAAAGAUAAAUCUACAGUGUACCGGCAAUUUAGUAGACACAAUACAUCAUCUCCAGUGUCAGAAUCUUCAUGUGAACAAAUGUAUGACUUUCCGAUUCAGGGGAAACAACCCAAACAGAAUAGAUCACCAAAUAUAACGAAUGACUACACAGAAAGUGAAAAUUAUACAGAACUUGUUCAACAUGAUAAACAGAAAAGUGUCACAAAUGCUGGGACCAACGAAAAAACAGAUGAUUCCUGGAAAUUUGUAAAGCAGAAAGGUCAAAAUCAAGACUGUGAAAGACAAGUAUCUGUUUCUGGAAGUCAAGAAAGCUGUGAAAAUAAAAUUCAGAAUCAAAGGAAACCAAGAAAGCCAGGAAAAGUUUUACACAGUAUUGUUAAUAAUUUAAAGCAGAACUCCAUUAAUAAUCCUUUAGCAGGAGAUUCGGGAACAGCUGUUUUCAAAACAGGGAACCAAAAGUAUGACCUGUCUGAGAGAGAAGUGCAUUCUUCAGAUAAAACAAUGGAUUCAGCAUCUCUUGAAGAAAAGUAUAAAAAUAAUGGUAUGAACAUUCAGAACCACCAAGUGAUGUCAAGUCUGACAAGAAGACAGGAAGUACCAUCUGGAGCAAUACAAGAUGAUAGGCUAUCAAAUAAAAACACAGAUAUUUCUGCUUCCCAGGAAUCAGCCGUAUUUGUUGAGGAUAAUGCACCUUUAUAUAAGAGCCAACAGUUUAGUUCAUUGAUUUCCCUUUCAAAGUCACGUGGAAGGAGACGAAGGUCAUCAAAUGAUGAAAUAACCUACCCAGUAAUUACCACCAAAGAUAGUGAAAUUACACAAACGUAUGAUGAACCAACAAGAUCUCAAAAUCUAGCUGAUUUUUAUUUUGCUCAAAAUCAGCUCGAUGAACAAUUUGCUGUAAGACGAGUUAAACAAAAUGCUUGCAAAAUGACAUCAAGACAUUCUAAUGAGAAUGAUGAUCCAUUGCGGAACAAUCAGUCUGAGCAAAAUCAUAAUAGUAAUUCCAUAACGCCAAGCAAAUAUGACAACGGAUCUAAAAUCCUAAAGGAUGUGUCAGUUAAACAGGAAGUUGCAUCACCAGUCAGAGAUGAAAAUAACAGUCCAAAAAAUUAUGAAAUUGAAAGAGAGAAGACGCCAAAACCUGUUGACAGAUCAAUGCCAAAUCAGUUUAUUGAUAAUGGUAAUCAUAGCAGUAUGUCUAAAACUGGUAAUGAAAUGGUGGUAAAUGGAAAUAACAGACCAGUUGUUGUAAAGUCAGAACCAAACAAUGACGAGGAGUAUAGCUGUUCCUCUACAACAGGAAAUGAUUACAAUCAAAGUUACAGUUCAGAUGGUGACACUACAAGUUACAAGGACAUCUCAACACAUUUUGAAUACCAUGGCGAUGACAUAGCAGAUGAAUCUUACAUGCAGAACAAUUCUGAGUUGUAUGGUGAAGAUAGCAGCAAUGAUGUGCUGCAGGGGGCUCCUGGAAUGGACCAGCAUGACAAUAAAAUAAAGAGGCAGAGAAGUUACAAAAAAAGACAGUCGGAAAGUAUGCCAAAUCAAGUUCCAAGAGAUGCUUCAUCAGGGAAGUUUGUUUGUGAACUAUGUAGUAAGACCUUUACAAAUAGAUCAUCUUACUUCAGACACAAGAGAAUUCACGGAGAAAAGAAAUACCGUUGUUUUGUGUGCGAUAAAGCCUUUCAUAGGAAAGAACACCUUCAAUCACAUAUUCAUAGACAUACUAAAUCUUUUCCGUUAAAGUGCUGCAAGUGUAGUUAUGAAUCACACAGCUUGGAUGAAGCAAAUACUCACUUUCAAGAUAAUCAUAGUCAUCUUGAACCUGAAUCCACUCACUGAA